AUGGCUCUCAUCAAUGGAAGGUUGUUUCUUGUAUUGGUAAUUUCAGCUCUUAUGGCCAAUGCUACAACAGUAAUCGGUGUUAGGGACUUGGAAACAACAGUUCGUUAUUCAGUUGGUCUUAACUUAGCAGCUCGUAUCAAUGGAGAAGAUGAGGGCGUUGGAAUGGCUGAAUGCUUGAACGCACUAUAUGAGUUACGAUCGUGCACUAAUGAAAUUAUACUUUUCUUCAUGGAUGGAGAGAUGUAUUUAGGAAUUGAGUGUUGUAGAGCCAUCUGUAUCAUAACUCGUGAAUGUAGGCCUUCCAUGCUUAAUUCCAUAGGCUUUACUGCUGAAGAGGGAGACAUUUUACAUGGUUAUUGUGAUGCUUCUCACUCGACUACACCUCGUUCUUCACCCGUUACUAUGCUUCCACCGGUACAGACCCCUGCUCAGACACUUUUUAUGGGACCAAGUAUUCCCCUGUAG